AUCUUAUUGCAACAUUCCAACCUAUUAGGCUAUGCAGUGAAACUAAUCAACCUUCAUCAUUUAAUAAUAUCAAUAAUACAAUUGAUUUUGGAUGUUUGUCUCAAUUUUGUACUUCUAAUGCAUUUACCCUUGCUUUGAAAAAGAAAAUUAGUGAAAAGAUACAUUGGGCUAAAGGAUAUAGAAUGUCUAAAAAAGUGUUAAAUUUAAUAAUACGUCUCAAUUGUAAUGAUGAAUUCUAUAAAAUGAUGAAGGACUUCAUUUCUUCCAAAAUACAAGAGUUGCAACUUUUAGAAGAAGGAGAUAAUGAUAAAAAUACUAUUA